AUGCUGAAGCUGGUGGUGUUGUCCUGCUUGGUGGCGGCCGCAGCAGCCGGCGCGCUGUUACCGUACGCGCCCCUCGCCUACUCGGCGCCCUUCGCCUACGCGGCGCCAGUGCUGACUCCCUACGCCCCCAACUACCGCGGCCCUCUGUCCCUGGCGCCGGGCCAGCCCGCCAACAUCCUCGGGGCUGACGGCAGGCCUCUUGACACGCUGGACGUAAACCUGGACCGCUCCGCGCACUACACCGCCAAGGCCCUGGACAACGCCGGUAUCCACCUCCUGAAGAAGCGCUCCGCUCCUCUUAUCGCACCAAUCAACCGCGUGGCGAUCGCUUCUCCCUUAAUCCACAGCUACACAGCUCCUGUGGCUUACUCCACGCCCGUUAUCAGCUCGCCUCUUGCUGUAGCUCCCAUCAGCUACACCGCACCCAUUGCCCAAUACUGGAAAUGA